GGUGGGUUCUUGGGAACGGGGCAAGGAAUCCGCAAAAAGGGGUUGGCCGUGUUAUUUGUUGCCUUGCUAUCUUUUUGCAUGUUUAGUGCCAGUCAGGUCAGUCACCAUCCUCAAUAACAUCCUAUCCUACUGUAUCCAUUAGAUCUCUUAUUGGUGGCGACGGCGGAAUAGGAUACCUACAUGACAACACACAACUCGGGCCUUCCCGAGGGAGGUGCCUACCAAGGCAAUCAACAGCAGCAGCAGCAACAGCAGCAGCAAGCGGCGUCGAGAGCCACUAGCUCCAGUGGGGGCAGCAGUAGCGGAUCGCGUGGCUUCAGUACCGAAGCCUAUCAACAACAACACGCCCAAGCAUCCAGGACAGCCGCUUUAUCUCAUCAAGCUGCUUUGGGAGUUCAUCCAGCGGCGGCGUCACUAGCAGCAGCAAACCCUUUGACUGCCGCAGGAUACAGUAGUUCGGCAGCGGCUGCUCAUUUGGCUACUCAAAGUGGUUCUUCUGUCGUGCUCCCAGGCAGUUCUGGAAUGCCUCGCAUGGAUAUGAGACAACAGCAGCAACAUCAGCAGCAACAACAACGCUCGGCUGCAGCUAGGUAUCACCCUGGCCCUGUAUCUAUGCAAUCUACUGCCAUUUCGGCUGCUGUAGCUGUUCUGACGGGAGCUGCUGGGAAUGAUCGAGUGUCCCACGAACGCCCUCAUCACCAAUCACUCGCCGUUCAAGUUCAGAGAGACACUACUCGACAACAUCAGCAUCAACAGCAACAGCAACAUGCUGCUGUGGCUGCAGCCGCCAGUGCUUUGAGACAACAGCAACAUCAGCAACACAAUCUCGGUCUACCGGUACAUCAUCAGGCACCCUCUCAUCUUCCUGCACAUCAUCACCCUCCACCACACGCCUCUAGACCAGCAGCACAUGCUGCUUUCGCUAUGCACAACAGACAGCAACAAGUCACAGCUGCUACUAUAGCACAGCAGCAACAACAACAGCAACACACUCUACAAACUGCACAUCCACAUUAUGUUCACCAUCGAAGGCAUCACCAUCCACAUCACGCCCAGAAUCAUCAUCACCCUCAUCACACGACAAGUCACAUACCGCAACAACAGCAACAACAAGUGCAACGGGUCAGAGAUCAUCAAGCAGCAGCGUCUAGGAGAGCUCAGGUAGUAGCUGCAGCACAAGCAGCUGCUGCACAACAAACAGCACGGAGUGCUCAAGUAGCAACGUCCUUAGCUAAUCAUCAGCGAAGACAUCAUCCAUCGCAAGUAGUGCACAGUCAUGCCCCAGCACAUGUUCAUCCUAAGGACGUAGCAGCGUCCAGACCCUUGCCGGCAGGUCAACCACCACCACAACAACAACAACCACACGCUCAUCCUGCUGCUGCUCAUGCACCCAGAAGUCUACCUCCAGCAGAACCGGCACAACCAUAUCCACCACCACCCGUGGCAGCUGAUCUCGUCGAUCAGUUUGAUGAUCCACAUCCUCCUCCACGACAACAUCCACCGGCGCCGACGAAUCAUCGAACGGCGCAGGAGGAGCGAAUUGUACAGCAGAGGAGUGUACUUGUUGACAGAUACGCUCCUUUUAUUGCUGCAUCAGAUAAGUCACUAGGGGAUGCUCGGAAAAGGCUACAAAAGGCCCAUGAGCAAGUACAACUGCUAAGGGCGGCCUUCACCAAGCAGGUUUAUGGGAAAUACAGGGUAUGCUUAAGACCGCCACAGACGUCGGAAGAAACGCUCACAGCCAUCAAGGCAGAUCCGGUCGCGGCGGCGCGGCGGUUAGAACAAGAGAUUCGACAACUCAAACAAGAAAAAGAAUACGAAAAGAAGGAGGCGACAUCCGUCAAUGCCGAAAUGUCCAAACUGGAUUCCGCCGUGAUCCAAUCUAUUGGUGCGGACAAUGCCGAUCAAAUUAUGUACAUCAGUGCCGGGCUGUCUCUUGUCAUUCUGCCAGAAGAAAAGGACGUCGACCCCAAGAUUCUGGCAGAGUACGAAGACAGGGGUCCAGUCCAAUUAGGGACGGAUCAACGGGUGAAAAAUAUCAGUCAAGCGGCAGCUUCGGCGGGGCAGAUUAUUGUAGAACGAACACGCAAGGCAGUGGGAGUUAGGGAGCUCCUCCUUCAACGGAGGUCCUUGUUGUCCAAUCAAGAGCACAGUAGUAUGCUCGUCGGGGUAACUGAGGAACCACCACUUGAUCCUCGGAUCAUGGAGAUAAUCGUAUCAAAGACAAAACCAGUGUCAUCUACAGUCGCUGACAGCAAGAGCGCUCCGAAUGUCGAAAGCAAAACCGUUGAGCCAGACCAACCGGCUGUCGCGGCAAAAGCCGCUGUUGCUGUCACAGUGCCGGUCCCAAAAACUGUGCCGACACCACCAAAAACUGAAGCUAGUGUGCCACCCUCUGGGCCGACAGAGCCACAAUCCACGGUGGCUCCGGUAUCUGCGCCAUCUGAUGUGGCAAAGGUCCCACAGAAGAAAAUGGGCUCUACCAAAAUUUCAGCAGUUAGCCUGCAGCAGCAGCUAUCUGCUGCCAAGUUUGGUAGAGGCGGUGCUGGAAUUUCAGUCAACAUCUCCUUGAGUCUCAAUCCUACCGCUGACGAGCUCAGCCUCGAUCCCGACAAAUCAAUUCGCGCCUCGACUGCUGCCUUGCUAUCCCGAGGGGCAAGCACCGCGCAAGGAACGAACAAAGCUUCGCCCCAACAGCGCCUCAAACAUCCGCAUCCAGAGUCGAGCGGAGGGAAGCAACGAGCUUCCAGCGCAACCUCUGCUAAGAAAGAGCUUGCAAGUCUGACACACGCAGUUGCACACCCCCAAAGCAGCCAACAUCAGCAUUCUUACUUGAGCCUAGCGUUACCGCCCCUGCCAACAACUCUCGAACGUCGUGAGAAAAAGCCACUGCCGUGCGUGGAGCAUAGGUGCACCGCCAGAGCCAAAAAGGCAAUUCAGUCGGUUCUUGGUCACCUGGAUAAUGCACCUGGAUCUGGCCCUGUGACCAAGAUUGGCGCGCUUUAUAGAAUCCAACAGUCCCGAUCGAAAGAUGCCGAGAACGAGACCACACCAGGAGAAAGGCUGAUUGACCCGUCACUGGCAUUCUCUGUGCUCCAAGCUAUAGGGCUUGUAACUGAAAACGGGAAGAAAGAUGCGCCGGACACACCGCCUUCAGUUUUGCUAGACAAGAAGGCAACAAUAGUUCUGGGAGGGGAUAAGCGCAAGUUGUCGUCUUUGACUACUUUGAAUUCUUCGUGGAGUCGCAUUGGCUUUGCUAAGCGACCGAGACUGUCGGAUGCCUUCAAGAGCGAUAAGGAUGCCAAGGAAAGCACCGUGAAGAGGGAGCCAGUGAUGAGAUCUCCGAGUGUUGAAAAUAUUCGUGGGGGUGGCGAAUUGAUGUCUGACGCCAAUAAUGACGACCCAAAUGGGGCUUCCGAAUCUGAUUCAAGAAAAGGAAAUCAUCGUAGCGGCAACGCUGCUUACAACAACCAUGUAUCUGCCAACAACAUUUCCCAGGGAGUUCGACAAGCACAACCUCGAUGGGAAGAUCCCUCGCGGCAGUCGUUGGCUGUCAUCAAUUCUCAAUUUGUAGCGGGAAACCAGUCGAUUGUCGGUGGAAAUCAUGGGCACGUUGCUGUGGCAGCACCAGUAGCGCAGCUUCACCAAGCACAUCAGGCCCCAGCCAAUAAUGAUGCAUAUCACCAGGCUUCCAAUUUUAACGCGAUGCAGCUGGCACAUCAACUGAGGCAGCACGCCUCGAAUCAUUCGAAUCAGAAUCACAACAUGGCAGCAAUGCAGUCUCGUCAACAAGGACAAGGGGAUCUCCAGCAGGUUCCAAAUUAUUUCACUGGGAUGCACCCGUCGGCGGCUUGGUCGUCGAUGGGUAACUCAGCAGCAGCCAUGGCUGCGGCACAAUCGUCUUUGGCUGCCAUGGGAUUGUCGGUUCCAAUGGGUGUGUAUGAUACUGCUCAAGAUCGAGCAGCUCGAGCUAUUCUCGUAAGAGAGCAACAGAACGUAGCAGCUGCGCAUGCUGUGGCAGCACACCAGCAAUCGAUGGCGAAUUCUGCCUUUGUUGGUGGUGCUGCAAACCCAGGGUUUGCUCCCACUCCAUCGUCAGUUGCAAAUGCUUCGACCCUCUUGAAUUCCUCAUCUUAUCGUGUCGGAGCUCAAGGAAAUUCACUUCAAGCACCUGUAUUACCACAGCAAACGCGAAAUGACAUCUUGGCAGCGGCGUCAAUGAUGGCCCAACGUGACAAUGGUUACAGACGCGCAGGGGCGGAUGCACCGGGGAAUUCGAUCAUGCAAGCGCAAUUGAAUGCAAGUACAGCCCCUGCUCCCGCUCCACAGAAGCGGAAGGCGGAUAGCCCUGUUGUAGAGACCGCACCGCCUGCUCCUUCUCAGACCUCGGAAAACAAAGCGUCGUUGCCAUCCGCUGCCAAAAAGCCCAGGCCAAACGACACCAACGAUACGGGGGUUGCUGUGUCGCUUGAAUCAAAAGUUGCUGCUCAGCCAGCCAAAAGCACCAAAAGCGCGACCACCUCUGAACCGAACUCGGUGGUACAUGCAAACGUAUCACAAUCGCUCCAGCCUUCUGCGGCCCCUCCUGCCAAGACUCUGCCUUUGAAGAGUCAGGAGUCACAACCGGCGAUGCCCAGAGGGGGAGCUCCGUCAACAGCAACAGCAGCCCCCUCGAAGGAAGCUCAACCCAGCGUAGCGUCUGCAAACAAUUCCGUGAAAGUGGCUCCACCAGCCAGCUCAGUACAGGCAGUACCAUCCCAGCCUUCUCUCAAAGCACCAACGACCCAAUCGGUGGGGAUUGCUGCGACGAAUGCUGCAUCCGGUCAGACCCCAGUGGUUCAGUCGAAGGUACUUCCUAGCCAAAGUGUAGCGAGGCCAUCAUCGACGAAUGUUGCUCCAAACGCAAUUGCGCAAACUCCGAAGGUAAUAGUGCCCCAGCAAGCGAAGCCGCCUGAAAGGAAGAACCAUGUAGCGUCCGUUGGCACAAAAGGAGGUCUGCAAAUCGCUCCGACUGCAGCGCCGACCUCGCUCUCAUCAGAAUACAAGUCCCUGGUGCAGGCAGGGAAAGCACACGAAGCAAUUGCUGCAGCGGCCUCGGAAGGGGCGAAAGUGUUCCCGACGAGGUCUGCCGGCAUUGUUGAGUUCUUAGUUUCGGCCGGCACCUCCGUACCCAUUCCCAAAGCAGUUGUCGCGUCAUCUUUGAAAGACCGCCUUAUCAUUCCUGGAUUUAAGAACCUGGCCACUGGCGCUGGGUUUGUUGUCCCGCGGGAGGCCGUUAUUGCUGUGAUCCUUGUAUGGCUUUGGAAGAACCACGAAGCAGACUUCCAGCGAGCUUUCACUAAGAGUGGUCGCAUCGAUGUCGAUCCGACUUGCAAAUGGCUCGUUCACGCAGCAACCGAUGCUAGCGUUCGAGCCUUGAAGCAUUUCAUUUCGGAAUCCGUAAAUCAACAGGCGGAGCCGGUGAACUCAGCAACAGACACCCUCUUGGAAGGAUUUUCUGACAGUUCCAUACCAUCCGAUGCGGCCGCUGUUCUUGUUGUCAGUAGGACCUUGACCGCGGAUACCAGCAUAGUUGUCGACACGGAUUAUGCUUUGUCUCAGUUCCACGCGUUGACUCGAUUUCUCGACGACUGUCGUCUGUCUGCCCUGCAUUCUCGAUCGCAAGAGCGAGUGCUCUUGGCUUCCUUGAUAUCCCUCAAAUCGACGAUGUCCGAGUCCUUUGCACAUGCGUAUGUCAGCUCCAUGGUUCGUGCUGGGGAUGCACUCGGCCACGAGGAACUGGCAGAAAUAGUUAGCGACGAAGAAAUGAAACUGUCGUCGAUGUUGCCAUAUGACAUCUUGCGAGACCAGCAAGGAAAUUGGGAGGAUCCAUGUAGGCCAGCCGAGGGGUACAGCCCAAAUCUUACAGGGGAUGUGUUGACGAAAGUUGCCCAUGCACGUGCCAUGAUCCAGAAGUCUUUGAGACGGUUGCAAGAUCGCCACAACAUCAAGGGUGGCACCCCAACCUUCGGAGCGUAUAUCGACCCACUCAGUGGACAAGGUCAAUCGACCGCACCUGGAUCUGCAGCAUCCACAGCCAGUAGCAAGGCGGUGAAUGGCACCAGCACUCCCAAAACUUGGAGCAGGCGAAAAGGUGCAACCAUGUUCGUUGCCGAGGGUCCCGUCCCAAAUGGCACUGGGUCAGCACAAGCCACAAACUGGUCCCUGUACGACCCGAAGCAUUAUUCCGCCCCUCUUUUGUGGAAUUGCGAUGCCGCUGAGAACACUCCUUAUGGAAGCACAACGCAACUGAAACGCAGCGGAUCAAUGCAAGGAGCAAAUCUCAAGAAGAAAGGUCCUUCAGCCACAGAUGCCGAGGGGCAAAUAGUCCCCAAGGAAAUCUCACUUGGACGGACAACUCAUGGAAUUGACUGGCACACCAUUGCUGACUAUUUUGACCAUGUCAAGCUCCCUGGUUCUGGUGGUGGUUCCGCCCCACAAGCUCCUGCCCCAGUGGAUUCAGCGACACCAGCUCCGAACCUCAAGACAAUCGUUUCUCCUUUCUGCCGAGUCCUCGAACAUUCACCUGUCGCGAGUGAUGAUGAGUCUGAUACCGAAGAAGAUCUGAGCGAUGAAUCCGUUCUGGCUCGUCACCAGAUAGUUCUUGAUGGAAUGAAGGAGAAGCUUACAGCCUUCAUGGAAGCCCGCAAGCGACAGCAGGAACGGAAGAAAAAUAGACAGAAGAGUAAUUCAUAAUGCCGUAAUAUAGCGCAAGAAUAUAGACCUUUCAUGUUCUCGUCCAAAG